CAAAUCAUUAACGUGUGAGGGAGGUUGAAGAAAGCAUCGUCUGCUGGGACUGGAGUCCAGAAGAAAGGAAUAGUACUGUGACACACAUCAGCAUGUCUGGCGCACAGGAUUCCUACUCCUACGAUGCCCCAACAACCUACAUUAACUUUGGUUCGUUUCAUGAUGACGAUCAUGAGGCCGACACUUGGUUUGAUCAGGUAGCAGAUGAAAAUAUACCCCCAAAUCAAGAAAAUAUUAUCGAACAAAAGACCCCUGUUAUUGCCAAUACAAAACCUAGUUCCAAAAGGCCAUCGUUGAAAGUUGAUGAAAAUUCUAGUGUGCCCAUUAAAGAGGGCAAACGCACACCUCUGAACCCAUUUGGCAACAGAGGCUCUGUGAGAACAUCUGGUAAAAAGAGCACGCCGGGGCCUUUGGCCACUAACAGAAGGUCCUCCAAACGCCUGUCUGCCCAGCAAAGACAGAAACAUAUGGCAAAAAUUAGAGCUGAGAGGCAUAAGGUGGUAACUGCACAACCAGAUGAGCGGCCACCUCUGAAAAAACCAAAAUUGUCUGCAAGUAGAGGCAAACUAAAUGACUCAUCAGUCGGAAAAGGAAUUGCUGGGGCUGAACAAAAGGUUCGACUUGCUGUGCCAAUCACGCCAACAGUACUGAAGCGAAAGACCACGACAAAACAAAAGAACUCUGAGGAGCAGGAGCUUGAAAAAGUCCAGCAGCUUCAACAGGAGUUACUUGAUAGAUUACGCAAGAACGAAGAGUCCAUGAAGGCUGCCAUAGCUGGAGCAGGCCAACCUGUGAAGAAAACUGUGCUUCAGGCAACCAAACCUGUCGACUUCCACUUCCGUACAGAUGAGCGAAUCAAGAGACACCCUGAAGAGCCGUCAGGGGAUCAGUAUAAGGAGAUGAACUUUGAAGCUGUUCUCCGGAAGCACCCAUCUUCUCCUGCUCAUGUUGCUAAAGGAGGCCAUACAGUGCCCAAGCCAUUUAACUUGUCCCAAGGUAACAAGCGGAAGCACGAGGAGUCCACCAAUUCUGGGCAAUUUGUCCCCACUGCUGAGCAGGUCUACACGUUCUACAAGCGAACCCCUACCCGUUAUCACCUGCGUAGCCGGCAGAAGGAGAUGGAGGGACCUUCUCCAGUGAAACAUACAAAAAUAAAGCUGACCAAUCCAAAGACUCCUCUUCUCCAGACGAAGCAGCGGCUCCGGCCUGUGACCUGUAAGAGUGCUGUAGAAAUAGAGGAAGAGGAGAUACAAAAAUGCCAGCAGUACAAAUUCAAGGCUCAAGAGGUGGAUUCAAGGAUUCUAGAGGGAGGUCCAAUGCUUCUGAAGAAACCGCCUGUAAAGGAAUCCACAAAGGCCAUUGGGUUUGAUCUGGAAAUCGAGAAGAGGAUCCAACAACGUGAGAAAAAGGAGGAAACAGAAGUGGAGACUUACACGUUUCACUCCAGACCUUGUCCUUCAAAGAUGCUUGUUGAUGUGGUGGGCCUUCCAGAAAAGAAGAUUAUCCCUGCAACUAUACCCAAGUCUCCUGCCUUUGCCCUUAAAAACAGAGUGCGUGCGCCGUCCUGGAGUGAGAAGGAGGAGGAAGAAGUGACUGUCAUCAAAGCAAAUCCAAUGCCGCAUUAUGGAGUUCCAUUUAAACCAAAGUUGGCUGAGCAAAAGCAAGUAGAAGUCUGUCCUUUUUCCUUCUGUGACCGUGACAAAGAACGACAGCAGCAGAAAACGCAGAAACUGGAAGACCUUCGAAAGGCAGAGGUGCCCAAAUUCAAAGCCCAGCCCCUGCCUCAGUUUGACCACGUCAGCCUUCCAGAUAAAAAGGUGAAGAUGCCAACACAACAGGAGCCAUUCCAGCUGCAGAUUGAUCAGAGAGGGGCCUCCAAAUUACAGCGCUGGAAACAGCAGGUCGAGGAAGAAGUAAAGCAGCAGAAGGAAAUGACUACAUUCAAAGCUCGUCCCAAUACAGUCACGCACCAGGAGCCUUUCAUGCCCAAGAAGGAGAACAAGUCACUGACAGAGAGCCUUUCUGGUUCCAUAGUUCAUGACAGUUUUGAACUAGCGACAGAGAAACGUGCCAAGGAACGUCAGGAGUUUGAGAAGCGUCUUGCUGAAAUGGAGACCCAGAAAGCCAUGCUUGAAGAGGAGAGACGCCGAGAUGAGGAGGAGCGACAGAAAGAAGAGGUCAAUCGAUUGAGACAUGAGCUGGUCCAUAAAGCUCAGCCUGUCCGGAAAUAUAAACCUGUAGACGUGAAAAGAAGUGAUGUCCCUUUGACCCUUGCAAAAUCGCCCAAUUUUUCGGACCGGUUCAAGAUAUAAAGACCUCUUCAAGAUAGAACUCUUUUUAUUCUGGAUUUUAGAAUUUGACUGGAUCUCUUGGGAUACCUGCCUUGUUGUUUUACAUGUAGGGUUACAAUUUGGGACAAAAUGUCUUCUGUAAAUAGUAUUCAUAAUGAUGGCCAAAAUAGUACAGAGCCAUUUGUAUGAGGGGAGGGGGCGGGAGGGGAGUUGGGGUUCUGUAAAUACUAUUAACACACUGCCCAGGGCUGUCUGUUUUUAGACCUGCCUGUAUGUGAAAAUAAGUUUUAUUACCCUGUACAAUAAAGUUUAAGAUACUAGCUUUUGUACUGCA